GGCUGCGGGUGGCCCUGCAGAGCCGAGAAUGGGAGAAGAGGGGAACCAUUAAGCAGCGCCCGCGGCCUCCUCUCCUCUCCACUCCGCACCUCGCUCUCGCAGCCUGCCCGCCCUGCUGCCCGCUCGCCGCUCAGAACAUCUUCCACCAUGGCCACUUCGGCGAGUUCCCACUUGAACAAAGGCAUCAAGCAGGUGUACAUGUCCCUGCCUCAGGGUGAGAAAGUCCAGGCUAUGUAUAUCUGGAUUGACGGCACUGGAGAAGGACUGCGCUGCAAGACCCGGACCCUGGACAGUGAGCCCAAGUGUGUAGAAGAGUUGCCCGAGUGGAAUUUUGAUGGUUCUAGUACUUUUCAGUCUGAAGGCUCCAACAGUGACAUGUAUCUCGUCCCUGCUGCCAUGUUUCGGGACCCUUUCCGCAAGGACCCCAACAAGCUGGUGUUCUGUGAAGUCUUCAAGUACAACCGAAAGCCUGCAGAGACCAACUUAAGGCAUACCUGUAAACGGAUAAUGGACAUGGUGAGCAACCAGCACCCCUGGUUUGGAAUGGAGCAGGAAUAUACGCUCAUGGGCACAGAUGGGCACCCUUUUGGUUGGCCUUCCAACGGCUUCCCUGGGCCCCAAGGUCCAUACUACUGUGGUGUGGGAGCAGACAAAGCUUACGGCAGGGAUAUUGUGGAGGCUCACUACCGGGCCUGCUUGUACGCCGGCGUCAAGAUAGCAGGGACAAAUGCUGAGGUCAUGCCUGCCCAGUGGGAAUUCCAGAUAGGACCCUGUGAAGGAAUCGACAUGGGAGAUCAUCUCUGGGUGGCCCGUUUCAUCUUGCAUCGUGUGUGUGAAGACUUUGGAGUGAUAGUAACCUUCGAUCCUAAGCCCAUUCCUGGGAACUGGAAUGGUGCAGGCUGCCACACCAACUUCAGCACCAAGGCCAUGCGAGAGGAGUGUGGUCUGAAGUACAUCGAGGAGGCCAUCGAGAAACUGAGCAAGCGGCACCAGUACCACAUCCGAGCCUACGAUCCCAAGGGGGGCUUGGACAAUGCCCGGCGCCUAACUGGAUUCCACGAAACCUCCAACAUCAACGACUUUUCUGCCGGCGUGGCCAACCGUGGUGCUAGCAUCCGCAUUCCCCGGACUGUCGGCCAGGAAAAGAAGGGUUACUUUGAAGACCGUCGCCCCUCUGCCAACUGUGACCCCUUUUCGGUGACAGAAGCCCUCAUCCGCACGUGUCUUCUCAACGAAACUGGCGAUGAGCCCUUCCAAUACAAAAACUAAGCGGACUAGACUUGCAGCCAUCAAACCCCGCUCCUAAUUCUACAUCCUGCUCCCACUGUCGCCCCUCUCUCAAUUGUCCUAAUAGCUGUAACUCAAAGGGUGGAAUAUCAAGGUCUUUUUUUUUUUUUUUAAUUCCUCGUGCCCAGUUAAUCUCUUGCUUUUUUUGGCCAGGAUAGAAGGGGUCACGUUCUUAAUCUCUUCACACACCCUCACCCCCUUUUUUCCUAUCACUGAGGCUUUCUAGUGCGUUAGUGGGGUGGCGGGGGGGAGACAUAACCACUGCUUCCAUUUAAUCAGGUGUAUUUGUCCAAUAGGUGUAGCUAUCCGGACAGAGAGCGUAGCAUUUGUGACGGAGAGGAAGGACUUUUUCUUCAAGGUAGCUGAGUGGGGAGAGGCCUGGCUUACUCUCUGGUUAGGUUAGGAUUUCCCCUCUUAGUGGGAAGUUCCAUUUUUCUGUUAAAAGUGAGGAUUGGGGGAGAAAGAAGGAUGGGCAUCACAAAGGAAAACGCCCUGUCCUCCUAGCGUGGUGCCUCCCUUGCCUGGGGCUGAAUGCCCUCACCUGAGGCCGAGAGAGCUCAGCCUAAACGGAUGGACAGCCCUACCUUAGAAGAAAAAGCUCUUAUUGCUUGGUCCUCCAUUUAUAACACAAAGCAGAGUAGUAUUUUUAUAUUUAAAUGGAAAAACAAAAAAAUUAUAUAUACAGGUGUGCAGAAAUGUGUGUUUUUUUCCCUGAAAGAAAAACCAUUCUGGUCACCGGGAGCCAAAUCUGGGGCGAGUAGUCUGGUUAGGCAUGGGGAUGUCAUAUGUGGGGUGAGGGAGGUGAUGCUUGAAAAGUUGGUUCUUGGAGGCUCUUAUUCCCUUGCUACCACUUAGGGGUUUCUCUGCCCUGCCCACCCUUCUGGACGGGUGGGCACUUCGGUUAACAGGUGGCAGCAGUCAGCCAGCCCCGGGGCUUUGGUUUAAAAGACGCACAUGUACUUGUACACACGGGGUUAGAAAUAUGAGUUGGCUGGUCAACUUGAGCAUGUUACUGACAAGGGGGUUUGGGGGUUAUUUUCUGGUGGGACUAGCAUGUCACUAAAGCAGGCCUUUUGAUAUAUUAAAAUUUUUUUUUAAAAAAGCAAAACAAGUUUAGAUUUUAAUCAUUUGUAGGGUUUCUAAGUCAUUGUUUUACAGAAUUGCUUGUUUGCUCCCAACUGUCUCCUUCCCAUCUCUGCUCUCUGAGGCGACGGGGACAGGACUGAGCCAAACACUUGUAAUUUUGUAUCCUGGUGUCUAUUCUGAGUGGGAAAUAUUCCUUUCCUUUGUUAAGAUUCCUGAGGAGUUAUUUUUUCUUUUAUAAUAAAAAACAAACCCCACCUUCGGCCCUAAGCUUUCCCUACUGUUUGUGGCUGUUUUUGUGCUGGCGGCGGCAGGCCAGCUGUGGCUUUCUCUUGCCGUGACGACUUGUGAUUGCCAUGUACAGUAUGUUCGGAGUUAGAUAACUCCUCAUUGUAAACAAGCUGUGUUAACUGCCCAGAGCAACUCUUAUAAAUCAACCUAACAUUCGUAAGA